AUGGUGCUGUGUCUGCCAAAGUCUGGCGUGAAAAUCCAGUACGCUAGUGCCAGCACGUACACUCUCGGCGUCUGGGAUCGAGAGCAUUCCGACACCUCAUCAAUCAUGAGCAGGCCAAACUACCCACAAAUAGCUUAUCAUCCACCACUCUCUGCCGGUCCACUGUCAUCACAUCUGGCACUGCUUCUCACCAGCAAGCAGAUCUACCAAGAGGCCAUGCCAGUCUUCUACUCGGAGAACAACUUCAUCACCGGGCUCGGUCCUUUCGACAUCUCGCUCCAGGCUCUGAAACCGCGCUGUGCCGGCCAUAUUCGACAUAUCUCCGUCUACUGGGAACCUCUAGGUACCGCCAAAACCACUGUGGCCUGCUUCACCGCCAUGAAGCGCAUGCAGAAUCUUCGCGUGGUCGACAUCUACUUCGAUACCGAGGAAUGGAAAGAACUCAAGAAGCCAUGCAAUGCUGGCAACACUUUUAUACCCGAGAAGCUGCCAGGUUUCGCCAAGCUUCGUGAUCUCUACAAUACCAGGCAGGUGACAGUCUACGGCGAUUGUGAUGAGCUACGAAGUGCUUUGGUGGCGGCACAGAAGCAAGCUCGGGAAAUCAAGGAGCAGCGAUUGACGAAGCGGAAGGCGACAGCUGCUGGUUCAAGCAAGGGACUGGGUAGUGGGUCGAAGCCGAAGAAGGCCAAGAAAGCUCACGCUGCAAGUGAUGCUUGA